AUGUAUCCGCGAGAUAUUUCAGACAACUCUAAGGUCCAGCACCUCCCUGAUUUAAAUGGUAUAAUGUUUAAUCCCAACAACACGCCCGCGUUUAAUUACGUGCCGCAGGAUCCCUCUCUGAUCCCUUUGCAGCAGGCGCCGCAGCAUGUGCCCAUGGAUCCUGGAUAUCGCAAUGUUGCCUUGCCACCGCCGUGCUGGCCCGGCAGCUCACCAGUGCCGAUGCAGAGCCCGAUGCCAGCCAUGCGGCAGUGGCAGGACGGCACGAUAAUGAUGGGAGGGUUGGAUCUGCAGAACCAGGCAUUCCGGUCACACGUGAGCUACAAUACGGCGCCUUUAGUUUCUACACCUGGAAACCAGGAUAUGUUGAACAUGGAGCACCUGCGGCCCAACCUCGGCACGCCUCCGUCAGGAACAAACCCGCAGCAGCUGCAGCCGACUCCAUCGCCUAAGUCAGUGGUUAGCGGGAGGGGGUCGCUGCGCGACGAGCCUGUAGGGAAGUCCAAAGGCAGAGUGGAGCCUGUCAUGCCGAUGAAUAAGAUGCUGAGUGAGUUCGAAGGGCCGCCUAUCACUAUGUUUGAGCCGCCGAGGAUGGAUAAGCCCAAGGAUAAGAAACCGUAUGUGCCUAUGGUGAAGCAAACACGUCCAGGUGCUGCAACGGGUCCACGUAGAAGCGGUUCGCGCGUGCGUAAUGAAGAAGGUAGCGGCGGUAGUUCAGCCACAAUGUCGCAAAUUCCGACAAGCAAACUGGAGGACUUCGCAUCAAAGACGUUCAAUAACGCGGUCAAGUCGAUUGCACCUCCGAAGAUCCCAUUUCCCUGGGGGCCGAGGCCAUUGGUACCCCCAGCCGUUAUCGACCAGGCGCAGGUCAUGAACGUUGCGGCGGUGCCGCAGCCGUGUCCGCCCCCAAUGGCCGUGCCACACCCAAACCCGCUGCUGCCGCCGCCCGCAGCCAUGCUUGGCAUCGCGCCUGCGGUUGUGCCUAUACCGGAGCUGCGCGUGCAGGAGGGGCCGCUCGUCGGCAUGGAUGUGACGCAACCAAUGACCGUGCCGAUGGGGAUCCCAUUCGACCCCAACAGCCAUAUGCCGUUUCCCGGGCCGUCGGUCAUGACGCCAGUUGGCCAGCACAAGAUGCCUGGAUUCCCAAUGCCGUCGAUGGGGACGGCGGAAGGGGUGCCUUCGGCGGACAUGAUGCCGCAAAUGCGGGACCCGUUCGCGCAUAUCACCCCGCGCACGCCAACGAUUCGCGUCACGACAAAAGCGAAGCUGGCGCCCCCAGUGAGCAUGAAAAGCAAUAUGAGCGUGUCUGGCCUGUCUAGUGCGAGUUACCCCGUGCAGUAUGCGGUGACGCCGGCCAUGGGGAUGGCCAUGCCGAUGGACAGUACUGCCCUUGGCACCCCUUCGCCGGGGCCACCUCCCCUAGGUUUCGCUGUCAACACGGCGGUGCCCACGCCGAUCGCUACACCAAUCGCCGCCCCAGUUGGCAUGGCUGUGCAUACGCCCCUAUCCAUGCCCAACUGCAUCGCACCCAUGGUCCCCAUCACGCCGGGCCCGUUGACCAUAUCCAUACAGCCGCCCCCGAUCCCGACUCCUCAGCCGGCGGUGCAGCCGCCAGUGAUGGUACCGCCUCCAAGCGCCCCUGCUAAUGCGGGCGCCGUAUCGCGCCAACCCGAGGAGUCGAUUCUGGACGAGAUCAAGAAGGAGAAAAACGUCGACAACGACGUUAACAAGAGCCUAGUGUCGGCACCGCGCAUCAUCGUGGAGUCGUACCAGCAACUACUCGACAAAAAGCGCGACCGUAUGCGGGAGUGCCUGGUGGAGGACUGCAAGAGCGUGCUCGGGGAGCGCGGCAAGAUCGACACGCCGUACCAGGACACGAUUCAAAACGGGCGAAAGCACUUCUACGUAAAAGACAUCGUAGCGAAGCUGCUGCCGUACCACAUGUUCUACUACGAGAACUUGGAACACAAGCCGAAGGCUCCGUCCAUGGACCUGGAUGCCCUCGAGGAGCGCGUCCGGUCACUCAAGAGUCGCGUGAUGGACAUGGUAGCGCAGGCUAAGACCACUCAGCAGAACUACGAGUGCACCAAGGCCUGCGUAGACGCUCUCAGGAAUGUCGUGCGGAAGCGGCAGGCGACGCAGUGCGGCCAGCUCGGCACCACCUAG